CUUGUCUCUCGUUCGUCUCGUAUCUAUCGUGCGUGCGUGCCGAGUUGGAUUUUUGUUGAAGUGGAGAACUCGUAACUUCGUGUUUACCUAAUUACACUUAAUAUUGCACAUGUCUAAAUUUUUCUUAAACAUUCUGUUGUGACUGUGUUAACAUAAUAAUCGAUCAAGAUGCAAGGUCCUGCAGUUUUUAUGGAUAUAUCACUUGAGGAUCAAGCUCAAGAACUAAGAAAAUAUUUCAAAAGCCUUGGUGCUGAAAUAUCAGAAGAGAAAUCACCGAAAGGCAUUGAAGAUGAUUUGCACAAGAUAGUCGGCGUCUGCGAUAUUUGCUUCAAAGAACCAAGUGAAACUGAAAUUGAAGCCAUAUUAAACAGCAUUGUUUCUAUUAUGGUAUCGAUACCCUUAGAGAGAGGAGAAAAUCUGAUUUUGGCUUUUAGUCAAAGACUCACUAAAGCACCUGGACCUAAAUUAGGUUUAGUUGCACUGCAAUCGCUAUGGCGAUUGUACAACAACUUAGAGCCAAAUUCACCUUUGAGAUAUCAUGUGUAUUAUCAUGUGAUAGAGCUUGCUGCUCGCGUGGGGUCGGUACGAGAGGUGUUCUCGGGUGUGGACCAGUUGAGGAAAGAGUUUGCUACCUGCCCACCUUCUAAUGAACAAAUGCAAAAGCUUUACAGAUUACUACAUCAAGUAUUAAAAGAUCACAACAGUGAACUAGCAGCCAAAGUGAUGAUAGAGUUGCUUGGUACCUACACAGAUGAGAACGCCUCGUAUGCAAGAGAGGAUGCUAUCAAGUGCAUAGUGACGGCCCUGGCGGAUCCCAAUACUUUCCUGCUGGACCCUCUGCUGGCCCUUAAACCCGUUAGGUUCUUGGAAGGAGAACUCAUCCAUGACCUCCUCAACAUCUUUGUAUCAGAGAAAUUAUCCAGUUAUCUAACCUUUUAUAACAGCCACAAGGAAUUUGUACAUUCUCAAGGGCUCAAUCAUGAACAGAACAUCAAAAAGAUGAGAAUACUAUCAUUCAUGCAAAUGGCUGAGGCAAAUCCUGAAAUCACUUUUGAUGAAAUGAUUUCCGAACUUCAAAUUGAAGAAAAAGAUGUUGAAGCAUUCAUUAUUGAAGUUCUGAAGACGCGGCUGGUGCGCGCGCGCAUGGACCAGGCGCAGCGCAGCGUGCGCGUGUCCAGCACCAUGCACCGCACGUUCGCGCGCGCGCAGUGGCGGGCGCUGCGCGGCGUGCUGCUGGCGUGGCGCGCCAACGUGUCCGCCGCGCACGACGCCAUGAAGUCCGUGGCGGCCGCGCAGAUCGAGUACGCCACGCAGCAGCAGAAGGCUUAGGCGGCGCGCUGCGGUUGUCGUGUCAGCGGUCCAAUCUGUUAUGGCCGCGUGUGCCAGACCUUUACCUUUUUUAAUAAUAAAGUAUUAUGAUUCAUUCAGAAAUGAGCGUGUCGUUGACAGUUUCAUCUGUCAGCAAUCCGUAGUAAUUGACUUUUUGCUAGGGGCGCUUUAUGGAUUUCAAAUUCAAACAAACCUACUGUCGCCGAACACCAGUGAACAAACAAUUUUAUUUUACA